ACCUCAUCAUUUCACUCAAAAUUUGUACAAGCAACUCAGGUAUGAACUAAUAUUUGUUCUUGUGUUGGUAAAGUUUGUGAGAAUGCUGAACCAAAGCCACUAGUUGCGCUUUUCUUCCUGUUUUCUUUGUAUGCAAUUCCAGAAACUACUGUGUUAGAAAAACAUGUUCUCUUGUUCUUCAACUGGAUUUCUCAUUCUAGGUUCUUAUUUUUUAUUCUGAAUUAUAUAGAAAAUGCAAGUUUUAAGUAUCUGGCCAUCGAAAAGUGGCUUAGGCAUAGUGCCCCAGUUGGAUGUUGAACUGGGUUCAACUUGCUUUCCUAGCAUAAGAAGGAAGAAGAAAAAAAGGUGCAAUCUUUUUGAUACUGUCGUUCAUGGUAUAAGUUCCGGUGUUUUAACGGUUUCUAGUAAUUCUAGGUGCUGUAGAAUUGGAAGUUACAUAAACUCACAAUUUGAUGUGAAAAGUGGGUUUCUUUCUAAGCAUUCUAUAAAACUGAAAUAUGUGCUCUUUUGUGAACCAAAGAUGGAUUCUUUUCGGUCAUCUAUUGCUUUUGCUUGGGCAUUGCAGAAGCAAGAUAUCAGUAGUGAAUUUCAUGGAGUGGAACCUAGUUUAGAUGACGGUUUGUUGGGGAAGAGUGAGAAGGAAGAUGUUAAUCCUCAUAAUUUAGGUAGAUUAGAAGAUAGUGAUGAUGAUAACAAUAACCAAGAAGACAAUAUAGAGUUAGAUUUAAGAAGUAAGGAAGGAGUUGGGGAAGAAAAAUGUAGAAGUAUUGAUGUUCGUUCCCUAGCUCGUAGUUUGCAUUCUGCUCAAACAGCAGAUGAUGUAGAAGAGGUUCUCAAGGAUAAGGGUGAAUUACCUCUGCAAGUUUACUCAUCCAUGAUUAAGGCUUUUGGCUGGGACAACAAAAUGGAGUCUGCAUUGGCUCUUGUUGAGUGGCUCAAGAGAAGAAAAGAAAUAGGCAGUCCUAUUGGUCCAAACCUAUUCAUUUAUAACAGUUUAUUGAGUGCAGUGAAAAAGUCCAAACUGUUUGAAGAGGCGGAGAAAAUCUUGAAUGAUAUGACUCAGGAGGGAAUUGCUCCUAAUGUGGUAACUUAUAACACUUUGAUGGGUAUUUAUGUAGAGAAAGGACAAGCCACUAAGGCCCUCAAUAUUCUUGAGCAGAUGCAUGAAAAGGGUUUUAUCCCAACUGCUGCAUCCUAUUCCACUGCUUUGCUGGCUUAUCGCGGAAUGGAAGAUGGUCAUGGAGCUCUUGCAUUCUUUGUAGAUAUAAAAGAUAAGUAUCUCAAAGGCAAGAUUGGAAAGAACUCUGAUGAAAAUUGGGAAAACGAGUUUGUUAAGCUUGAAACCUUCAUAAUUCGUAUUUGCUACCAAGUAAUGCGGAGGUGGCUUGUCAGGCAUGAUAACUUUAGCACCGAUGUGUUGAAACUUCUAACAGAUAUGGAUAAGGCUGGACUUCAGCCUAGUCAAGCAGAGUAUGAGCGCCUAGUGUGGGCUUGUACCCGUGAAGAUCAUUAUGCUGUUGGAAAAGAAUUGUAUAUUAGGAUCAGAGAAAGACAUUCUAAAAUAAGCUUGUCAGUCUGCAACCAUCUGAUUUGGUUGAUGGGGAAGGCUAAGAAGUGGUGGGCAGCUUUGGAAAUUUAUGAGGACUUGUUGGACAAGGGACCAAAUCCAAAUAACAUGUCGUACGAGCUGAUUGUUUCUCAUUUUAACAUCUUACUUACUGCAGCUAGGAAAAGAGGAAUUUGGAGAUGGGGUGUUAGGUUGUUAAACAAGAUGGAAGAUAAAGGCCUCAAGCCUGGAAGCAGAGAAUGGAAUGCAGUUCUUGUUGCAUGUUCUAAGGCUUCAGAAACUACCGCCGCUGUGCAGAUAUUUAGGAGAAUGAUUGAACAAGGUGAAAAGCCUACAAUUGUUUCCUAUGGUGCAUUGCUUAGCGCCCUCGAAAAAGGCAAACUAUAUGAUGAGGCAGUCCGUGUGUGGGAGCAUAUGCUUAAGGUUGAUGUGAAGCCUAACUUGUAUGCUUACACUAUUAUGGCUUCAGUUUUUGCUGGACAAGGAAAGUUCACAUAUGUUGACGCCAUUAUUCAGAAGAUGGUUUCAUCUGGCAUUGAACCUACAAUUAUUACGUAUAAUGCAAUAAUCAGCGGAUGUACACAUAACAAUUUGAGCAGUGCAGCAUAUGAGUGGUUUCACCGUAUGAAAGUCCAGAAUAUGCCACCAAAUAAGAUUACAUACGAAAUGCUGAUUGAGGCACUUGCAAAGGAUGGUAAACCCAGGCUUGCAUAUGAAUUAUAUUUGAGGGCUAAAUAUGAGGGCCUUGACCUGUCUGCAAAGGUUUAUGAUGCAGUCCUUCGUUCUUCUCAGGUUUAUGGAGCUACUAUUGACAUAAAUGUUUUAGGGCCUCGGCCACCGGACAAAAAGAAGAGAGUGAAAAUCAGGAAAACUUUAACUGAGUUCUGUGAUUUAGCUGAUGUUCCUAGGAGAAGCAAACCAUUUGAAAGACAUGAAAUUUAUCCCUCGCAAGUAGAAGGAAACAAAUAAUUAGUUUUGAGUAUGAGCUCUGCGUCGUACUAUAUUCUUUUUAUAUCUUUGUACAGCAACUACAAUGCAGCGCCAGUUCCAGUCCUCGAAACAAAAGAGGCAAUUUUUCUCAGAUGUAAAAUUGUACGAACUUGAUUACGGGCUAACAUGUUGCUUGGAUUUGCACUA